AUGAAUGAUGGCGACGACGAAGCUGGGUGCGACGGCGCUGGACGUAUUGCGAUCGUAUCGACGAAGUAUCAGAGCCUAUCGGGGGCGUGUCGGUGUCGUAUCGAAUACGCGCAUACCCCCAAAAUCCCUCGUAUCGGUGCAACAGAGGCCGAUAGUCUCCAAGUCAACAGUGACUAUGGUGCAAGCUGCUUCAUAAGGGUCGACAGUCACGGUGAAGGUCGCUUUCCUCACCCUCUUCCUUCAUCUGAUUUGUGA